AUGUUACAUAUUAUAAUAAAUGGUCGAAAAAUCGACAAUCCCGAAUUAUGCGAGAAAAAUUAUAACGACGUAGGCGUCCAAGAAACGGAAGUUUUAGAAAUUACGAAUUUCUCUACAAACGUCACUCCGUUGCCGAACGCUGAUUGUACAAAGCAAACAAAUAAUUGUGGAUUAAAUUUAAUAGCGCCUAUUGAGUACGUAAAUAUAGUAUUCGAAAAACUGAAAGACGAAUUUGAUCACGAGAUAAUAGAAAGCAAAUCCAAUAGUAAAUCACAAAUAAAAACAAGAUUUUUACAGUGUUGUGGAAAAAUGACUUGGACUCUAAAAUGGUUGUUGGUCGCUACGACCGUCCGAUUACCAUGA